AUGCGUUCUGUGUCAACCAUUUUCCUGACCACCCUUCUUAUGGCAGUUGCAAACACUUUGGCGCAAGACCUUCCGAUGUGUUCUUCCGUUGGCGUCUAUCUGUGCUUCGAUACGUCUACCGAUUUGUGUGAUGAAUAUUGUAAAAACAAUGGAGGGGGAAGCAAGGAAUCCUGUCAAAUCUUUGACAACUCCCUACGAGUGGACUGCAAGUGUACAGCUUCAGAUACUGGAUGCCUCGACACCACAUACGUUGCAUCUGAAAUUCCAACUUGCCGAGAGUUUUCAAUCUUUAGUUGCAACAAUGCUUGCACUAACCUCUGCGCUGGUCUUCCCAAUACCCGUGGUGACGGACAAGGGCGACAGGCAGCCUGUAAUGAACCUAAUGGCAAGACUAAGUGCAUUUGUGAUGGUCUUCCCGUUUGCGACGAUGCCAUCAAUGAUGCCCCCACAAAUUCCCCCGUUGCCUCAGCACCAACAACUAGUAGUGCAGCCAACCGUGGUAACAGCAAUCCAGAGUUCGCAAUCGCGGCCUUGUCUCUUGCCAUGAGCAUUAUGAAUCUGAUCCUUUGA